AUGGCCAUUAUCGGUUACGAGUUCUUCAUCAGAGUUCCACGAAUCCUUUCGUCUCUAACCUCGUUUUGGUCAUUUUACUCUUCGUUCUCAAACACUACAUCCAACGAAAUUGAAUUCUUCUUCCUCAACGAGUUUCGGGUUACGAAAUCUUUGGAUUCUAUUUUCUUUCCCCUGGCUCUCCAGUCACAUUCCUUUAGAUUGUGUUUGCUUGAUUUUCUCAUUUCAUCUGAGUUUGAUCUCAAACCGUCGUUUGCUUGUGUUGUGUCGCUUUUCAUCCUGCAGCAUAACAAUAGCAUAAGCUUCAACACCAAGUCAUGGUCAUCUUCCUUGGCGUUGACCCAGAAAACAAGUAAACCAGGAGCUCCGCACAAUGUGCGCCUUUACUCUAUUGCAUCAACGAGGUAUGGAGACUUCUUUGACGGUAAAACAGCGAGUUUGUGUGUACGCAGAGCUGUUUAUUACGAUCCCGAGACUGGUAAAGAAGACCCUUCAAAGAACGGAGUCUGCAGCAACUUCCUAUGUGAUUCAAAACCCGGAGACAAGAUUCAAAUCACAGGUCCAUCUGGGAAGGUGAUGCUACUACCAGAGAAUGAUCCAAACGUGACGCACAUAAUGAUAGCAACGGGAACAGGAGUGGCUCCUUACAGAGGCUACCUACGUCGAAUGUUCAUGGAAAACCUCCCAAACUACAAAUUUGGCGGUUUAGAUUGGCUCUUCGUAGGUGUGGCCAACACCGACAUCCUUCUCUACGAUGAUGAGUUCAACAAGUACUUGAAAGACCACCCGGAUAACUUUAGGUUCGACAAGGCGUUGAGCAGAGAACAGAAGAACAAGAAAGGCGGGAAGAUGUACGUGCAAGACAAGAUUGAAGAGUAUUCUCAGAGAACGAACCAUGUAAUGACAUGAGUCAUGAAGAAUAAUCUUAUCUUAGUUUUACAUGUGCUGCCAUAAACCCCAACCAAACGUUUUAUAGAAUAAUUCAAAAGAUAUCCGAACCGGUCUAACCAAGAAAAAUGUAGGUUAUUUUUUGUAUGAAUUUUCGAAAAACCAUAUAGUUGUUGGAAUAUUGCAUUUUUGUUGUGAUUUA